UUUCCGACUGUCCACAAAAGCAACAACAGCAGAGACGUGGCCGUCGUUGCGGCUGUUGCGUUCAAGUGGCGCAGUGUCCCGUCUGGAGGCAGAGAGGGCGAAGUUUCACUCUCUGCAUUGCAGCCUGAGCGCUGCUGCUGGAAUUCAACACAACAAUGGCGACUCCCAGUCCUAACAGCAACUCCACUAGCUCCAGCAACAACAGCAACAUCGUAGGAUCAACGUCGCACCAACUCCACCAGCAAACACAGAGCAGCAGCAUGCAAGAAACCAACACCUGCUGGAGAUGUCAAAAUGAAACAGGGUUUCAGAUAAGCCUGUCUGGAAUACCCCAAAGUAAACGCAAAGCUCUGAAACUGAAUUUUGCCAACCCUCCAGUGAAACCGGCUUCCAGGCUCCCACUCAAUCCAACAGUUCCCUCUUUCCAGAACCCUCACAUAGAGCGCCUACGGACACACAGUAUUGAGUCAUCUGGGAAGCUGAAGAUCUCCCCUGAGCAGCACUGUGACUUCACUGCAGAGGAUCUGAGAGACCUUGGUGAGAUCGGCCGUGGGGCGUAUGGCUCCGUCAACAAGAUGGUCCACAAACCCACAGGCCAGAUCAUGGCUGUCAAGAGGAUUCGCUCCACUGUGGAUGAGAAGGAGCAGAAGCAGCUGCUGAUGGACCUUGAUGUAGUGAUGAGGAGUAGUGACUGUCCCUACAUUGUGCAGUUCUAUGGCGCCCUCUUCAGGGAGGGGGACUGUUGGAUUUGUAUGGAACUUAUGUCUACCUCAUUAGACAAAUUCUACAAAUAUGUAUAUUGUGCAUUAGAUGACGUCAUUCCAGAGGAAAUAUUAGGCAAAAUAACAUUAGCAACCGUUAAAGCACUGAACCACUUAAAAGAAAACUUGAAAAUAAUUCACAGAGACAUCAAACCUUCCAACAUUCUUAUGGACCGAAAGGGGAAUAUCAAACUGUGCGAUUUUGGCAUCAGCGGCCAGCUGGUGGACUCCAUAGCCAAGACCAGAGAUGCAGGCUGCAGGCCUUACAUGGCACCUGAAAGGAUAGACCCCAGUGCUUCUAGACAAGGCUAUGAUGUCCGGUCUGAUGUAUGGAGUUUGGGAAUCACCCUGUAUGAGCUGGCAACAGGAAGAUUCCCCUACCCUAAGUGGAAUAGUGUUUUCGAUCAGCUGACACAGGUGGUAAAAGGCGAGCCUCCCCAGCUCAGCAACUCAGAGGAGAGGCAGUUCUCCCCCAAGUUCACCAACUUUGUUAACCUAUGCCUUACAAAGGAUGAAUCAAAAAGGCCAAAGUACAAGGAGCUUCUGAAACACCCUUUCAUUCUGAUGUAUGAGGAGCGUUUUGUGGACGUCGCCAGCUAUGUGUGUCGCAUUCUGGAUCAGAUCCCUGCCUCUCCUAUCUCGCCCAUGUAUGUCGACUGACAGUUAGUCCAGGGAGGGUGGGGUUAGGGUUGGGGGAGGGGGGUCGUUAGCCAACAGUGGGUUGGACACUAAGUUUUGUGACGCGACGUUUGACAUCUUAGCCCUAAGAGUUAGGUGGGAUCACCAGUUUUUUCUCGUGUUCCAAAGAACAAAGGAACUAAGUCCAAAUUGCUCAGUGCAAUGAGACAAAUAUCCUUAAGCAAACCUUUCAACCUCCCAUCACCUCAUUCUAAAAUCCCAUAAUAUUGUCAUUUAUCUUCAGCCAGAAAAACUUGAAGCGAGAACAUUGUCUUAGUAAAAUGCAAUGUAUCUGUGUAUGUGAGGAAAAAGGAAUGGAGUAUAUAUAUAAAAUAUGUACUUGAAUUUGUACACAAAUACAGAAUUUACCAAAUAAAAUGGUGAGCAGUGACGCUCUUGAUGUAUGAGGGAAAAAAAAAAAAUAGCCACCCAGUGGAUUGUACAUUGUGGACUGUAUGAUUGCAUAUGUGUGUUCACCUCUGAACUGUUGACAUGUACAAAUGUAUGCAGAUAGAUCUGCUGUCUCAACAGUCUUUUUAUGCAUUGGUUGAGAGCACCUUUAGUCUCAGCAAAUGGUUGAGUAUGCAAGAGUGUUUCUGUGUGGUGGAUUCGGUAGCGCGGCUUUCUUUUUCUUUUCUUUUUCACUUUCCCCCAAUAUGCAAUCUGUGAGAAGCUGUCUUGAUAGAAAAAUAAGACAACUGCCAUUUCUCACAAACUGGCCUCAGUUCGUCUCUUUUGUUAUCAUUGUGUUUGAGUUAUAAAACUAAGCAUCUCUUUUUGAUUGAGAAUUUCCUGUGUUAGUCUUGUUGAACAGCAACCGAACAGAGCUGGUGGUAGAAACUCCUAAUGAGAAGUAAUAUCAAAUGGCAACAUCUGGUUUAAUGUAACUGGAUUUUUGUCAUUCAAAGAGGUAGCUACAACUAAAGACAAUUGAGGGGUUAAAAAAAACAAAAAAAUAACGCAUGCUUCUAAAAUAUCCUUUAUAGGUUUUUGUUAAUAAAAAAGACAAAGGACAAGAUGAUGUAACAAUAGCUAGCUAAGAUGAGAAGCGGAUUAGCAAAAUAUAUGUUAAAUAAUUCUGUCCUUUAAAAAAAAAAGAAAAAGAAAAAAAGAAAAAGCAGGUUUAAAAAAGGUUAAGAUUGGUAAAAUAAGGUAUACUAACUGAAUGGAAAUGUAUAUUUUUCUACUAUACAGUUCUAGUCAAAUGGAUGAGGAAAUAGAAAAGACUGUUACGCUAUUAUCAUGCUAAUAAAUUCAAGUUUAACAUCAGUUUAAACAACGGUAUGUUUUUUCUAUUCGCGGUAAGCAAGGUAGUUAUAUGGUAAUAGGUCUGUGAUGCUAGCAAAACAACAAAGCAUUGGGUAAAAUAUCUGUAGAUUUGUAAAAUGCGCUAAAAAAACAGGAAAAAAUAAACAUUGUUUCAUUUUUGCACAUCACAAGUAAAUGUUUGUUGUUCGCUUUUUUUUUAUUUUUUAUUUUUAUAAAUAUACCUUUACAAUACCUAGUGUUGUAAAACCCAUGUAGUUCAAACAAGCUGCAUUGCCUCUAGCUAACCAGGCCUUUAUUGGUAACAAGGUUAUUUAAAAAAAAUUUUUUUUUAACCUAUUUUGGUCUCCAAGAAUAACUUUGCAAAAAAAAGAGACUUAAUUUUUUGACUUUGCCAAAAAUGAUAACACAAGAGACUUUAAGUGGUGCUAAUCCAGUGCUACAUUAGCCUAUUCUGCUGCAGGAACCUAGUGGGAGAUGGCCCCAAACAUUUACAGUAAUAGUCUUCUGGUUGGCCUUUUCAGUCUUAUUUUUCCAUUGCUUUAUAGGCUUAAACCCAACAAUUAAUUUUUUAUUUUUUUUUUUUUUUUUUAAAUGCCUUCACCUGCAUUUUAAAUGCGAUCAGUUUGCAUUAAGGCAUACUGUCGUUCUUUCAGGACCACCCAGAAGUCUCCCAGGCUACACGCUUUUUGUCCCACAAAAACAUCCUGGUUUCCAUGCUCCUUGCGAGUAGUGGAAGAUGCCCUCUACCCUGGUGUAAAGUUAGUUUGGGACAUUAUGUCCACUGUAAAUGUGUAUGUACAUAGAACACCUAACCUGCUGUUACUGGCAGGUUCUGCUCAACAGUUAAGGCUUUUCCUAAACACAGAUCCAAGCACCAGGAUAGGUUUUAGGUGCAAAUUCUUUUAGUUUAGGAAUUAGCCUUAAUUCCACCUGUCAUAGCGCUGUACAGUUAAACUUCUCAUGCACACUGAUCACAGAUCCACCGUGCUGCCAUAUAGCAGCAGUAACUACAAGUUUAAAAGUCUAGGCAUGGGAGUUCUGUCAAAAACAAAAACUGUAAAUGCUGCUAAAUCACAAAUUAUUGACUUCCAUACCAACUACCGAACUGUCGGGAGAAGAGGAAUCUCACUCCACACAGUUACUGCGUUUUUGUCCUCAUGUUCACCACGGACUCGGCAUGCUUCUCCAUGACUUAGUAUGUCUUUCUGGCUUGCACUGAUGAUAGAAUAUUUCCAUGCCAAACCAUGCAUUAAACUCGGAUGCAUCUCCAUAAUCCAAAAUGCCUCACCUGUCUUCCUUUGUCAGUAAUAUUCUGGAGUUUUACAUAAUUGUGUGGCAGAAGGUCAAUGGGAGGCUGCAAUUUUGAGACUAUUGAGAUGCACCCGUUGUCGUUUCUUUUCAGAAAGCCACAUUUACCAGGCGGGGCCUCUUAUCCACAGAAUGGCGAGACAAAUAUCACACUACUUGGCGAUAGCUAUUAACCAAACUGUAUGGAUGAUGGUCCUUUAAGUGUGGGACACUGUAGGGACUUUUACAUGCGUCUCCCAGAAACUACCACCACUGUUGGAGUGGGUUGGGGACGUUUUAGUGUGGCUUGUUUAAAAUGUUAAAUACUUUUGGCCUGUUUGGGAGGGCAACACAUUACAACCGCAUAGGUGGUGACGUUGUAGAACCCACACGAUUCUUUUGGUAAGCGACUUUCCAUUUCUGUCUAACACGAAAUGGUGCAGACCCCAGAGAAAGCCCACAGAUGGAGCCGUUUAACUUCAAACUGUCUCUAGAGCUGUUGUAGUCUGUCAUGUGUUUCCAGGAAGCUAACCUGACGCUGGUGAAUCUACAGGGUACAUGUUGUAUAAAUUGCAAAAUUACUAGAAUGUUCAUAUUAGAUUAUAAGAUAUUAAGGGCAAUGAAUAUUAUAUUGUAUCUUCAUCGAUGGUUACAAAUAAAGUUCCCACGUAAAAGAUUGGAAA